UUCGUUCCCCUUGCAUUUUGUUAUCUCCAUAUUGCCAUUGUUGCUGUUUGGCUCUUGAUUUCGAGUUCGGGUGUGAACUUACUUUGUUGCUGUACCUGGUUGGCAAGGGUGUUGCGGAGCUGGACAGUAAUUUGUUGCUGAGAUGUAAACAACUAAGCUGCCGGCAGCCUGCUACACGUGAACUCCAUUCUCUUUUCCUGUCCAGCUGCUUAGCACAGGACCAACAGUGCUUCUUCUCCGAUACUCUAGCCGUAGAGCCUGAUAGCUGUUCAGCUUCACUGAAGCGCAGGCAACCAGUUGAUCACUUCUUUACACAGUAGAGCAGAUCAGAUUCCUCCGGGUCGUUCGCGAAUGAGCAAGCGAAAGCACGCUGAAAAUGAAGAGGAAGACCUGUUGCAGGAGGAGCUCUUUCUAGAUGCUUCGAAAUGGGACCCAAAGCUCGUCCUGGGGAAAAUUGAAGGCUUGGCAGUGGAACUGACCGAGGCCGUUGCAAAAGGCCAGGAUUUCCCUUUGUCUCUGUGCCGAAGAGACAGCAAGAAUGUGCUCUGGGAUGAAGAGGGAAAGCUUCGUUUGGGGACCCAGAAAGUGACCAAGACCAUGUUCGGUCGCCAAGGAGUUGGUCUCAAGCGCUAUGUCAUGUUGUGGAAGAUCAUGGCAUUUGUGCAGAAGCUACUCCUAGACAAGCAGCAAUGCACACAGAGAGAAGCGUACUACUGUCUUGUCAACCAUUUUGCACACCAGGGAGAGUUCAACGAUGCUCUUAUGGAGGUGGCAUCCUUGAUCGGUUGCUCUCGCAUCUCUUUGGGCAUCUGUGCGGCGAGUGCAGGAUCAAUUGCGGGUAGCGUGCAAUGGCUGGAGGGGCAGAAUCAACCAGUGGACUGCACACAAGUUGGAUCGACAGGAAAGCGGAUCCCGGGAGACAUUGACAAUGUGAGGUUUAGCAGUCUGGGAGCAAGGUACAUCAUUGUUGUGGAAAAAGAUGCAGUGUUCAUGUACUUGUGUGAGCAUCGCUUGUGGGAGACAAUACCGUGCAUCCUUGUGACAGGAUGCGGCUAUCCACCUCUCAGUGUUCGUGCCGUGGUCCACAAGCUAAGUGAUACGCUACAUGUUCCUGUUUUGGGACUGGUUGACUACAAUCCCCAUGGUGUCCGCAUUUUGCUCACGUACAAGUUUGGGUCUGCCCGAAUGGGUGCAGAAAGUCACAAGUACGCCACCCCGAAUCUUCAAUGGCUGGGAUUACAUCACGGUGACAUAUUUGGCAUGAAUCCAGAGUCGGAGCCGACGAACCUGCCUGAAGCCCACAACCAGAGCAGGCGAUACUACGAAGAGUCGGUCGUUCCUGAAUCUUCCCUGCAGCCCUGGGGCAGCAGCGAUGACAUUGUCUUCCGUAGCCUGAUCUCCUUACCGUACUUCAAGGUAAACGCUUCAUACCGGAGAGAGCUUCUGAACAGUGCCCGCGAGCGGAUGAAGGCCGAAAUAGAAGCGCUGAACGCUAAUGAAUGGGAUGCUGUUGCUAACAUGGUCGUGAGAAAAAUCCUCCGCCACCAAUACUUCUGAAAGUGGCACUGCAAGACACACUGUUGAGGUAAUCAAGGCUGUAGCGCAAAGAAGUCCUUACAGAAGAGUUGAACCGUUUUUCGCACUAUUCAUUCCCCUGGAUCAUAUGGUGUCAUAGUUAUUCUCUUAUGUCCAGCAGCCACCCAUUAUAAUCUUGUUGAACCCACACCAUCAUCCAAGGCGAGUAAAUCUGCUUCGAAUAUUAUCAAUCUCACCACCGUGA